AUGUACCAAAGACAUUAUAUACGUUAUUCCAAUAAAUUGCUGGAUAUCGAUUUCGGACACAUGGAAAUUCUUGCCGGGGUCCUUUUCUAUAAUUGCAUGCUAAAUUUUGUGGAUCAAUGGCAUCGGAAUCGUCGAAUUAUGAACCCAAGUUUUCACCAAAAGCUCCUGACAUCCUUUUUCCCAAUAUUCAACAAAGCUAAAGAUGGUGCCAUUCUAAAGUUCGGUGAAAUGGCAGAUAAUAUGCUACCACAUCUUAUUGGUGAAAAAUUACAAAGGAUAACAUUAAGCAUAGCUGUCGAAACCACAAUGGGGAAAAAAAUGUACAAGGGCGAUCAGGUUUCAGACAAAUUAGUAAAAGCCUUCGUUGUACUUCUCGAAGCAGUGCCGAAGGAAUGUUUAUUGGCAUAUGUAAAGCUAAACAAUUUUUAUGCUCGAUUUUCGAAAACUACAAAAGAAUACUUGUAUACGUUCAUCGAGGAGCUUUUAAAUAGGAAGUUAUCAAGUAUAACUUUUGGAAAAGAGUCAAGAAUUGCGGACAUUGAUCCCCCUCAAAGUUAUAAAGCCACUGAUGGCGUUUCGAUUGGAAAGACCGAAUUGAAUGAAAAGAUACCGAAUAUUUUUGUUGAUCAAGCAAUAAAUUUAUAUCGCGAAGGAAAAUUGUCUUACCAUGACAUAAUUGGCGAAGCUAAUACCAUCGUGUCGGCGGCUUUUGAAACAUCCGCUAAUGGACUUUUUUCCGCACUUCUAAUGCUGGCCAUGCAUCCUUCUGUACAGGAACGACUGUACGAAGAAAUCUUAAACGUUUUCUCUGAAAAAGUGUUUUAUAUGGACUAUGAACAUGUUGCUAAUAUGCCGUAUUUGGAUAUGGUUGUUAAUGAGACCUUGCGCCUAAUGCCACCGAUACCAAUAAUUGGAAGACACGUUGUACAAAAUACAACACUUAGUAACGGAUUGGAGCUACCAAAGGGAUUUUCGAUUUUAAUUUCAAUUUUUGAUGUACAUCGUAGAACUGAUCUUUGGGGUCCAAAUGCACACAAAUUCAACCCAGACAAUUUUCUCCCAGGAAAUUUAAAGGGAAAGCACCCGUACGCUUACAUCCCUUUUUCGAAAGGAAUUCGCAAUUGUAUCGGAUGGAAAUACGCUCUUAUUGCAAUUAAGGUACUCUUGACAGGAUUUGUUCGGAAUUUUUCGUUUUCCACUUCAACGAAAUUGGAAGAAUUGAAGUUUUCUAAUAACAUAUCUCUUAAAUAUACCCAUGAACCUAAGUUGGUUUUGAAACAUCGUAAAAUUUAA